AUGCUUCUAAUAAGCACCAAGAACCUCAACAAGAUACACAACGUGAACACUACGGCUAAAACAAUCACGGUCGACAGCGGAGUGACUCUCCGGCAGAUCGACGGGGCGGCAAAGGCAAACCUAGCACUGUCUUAUGCACCCUACUGGUGGGGGCUUACCAUAGGAGGGAUGCUAGGCACUGGUGCGCAUGGGAGCUCAUUGUGGGGGAAAGGAAGUUCAAUUCACGACCAUGUUGUAGAGCUUUGGAUUGUUAGCCCCGAUAGUCCCGAAGACGGGUACGUUAAAGUCCGAACUCUUAACGAGACUGAUGUUGAUCUUGAUGCUGCUAAGGUCUCCCUCGGGGUUCUUGGAGUCAUUUCACAGAAUAGCUUUCUGGAACUUUUCUCCAAGUGGAAUUUCCAGAAUUUUGAAAGGAAAGGAGAUGUUGUUAGAUUGGUUUCCUACAAGACAGAUGAUGCAAAUAGCAGUUGUAUCCCCUGCUUGUGGAGUGUGGUUUUCAGAUUAUGUCUAGAGCUUUGGAUUGUUAGCCCCGAUAGUCCCGAAGACGGGUACGUUAAAGUCCGAACUCUUAACGAGACUGAUGUUGAUCUUGAUGCUGCUAAGGUCUCCCUCGGGGUUCUUGGAGUCAUUUCACAGGAAGGUGAAGGUGGGGAGUAUGGUUUCGGAGGUGAUUACGGCGGUGUAAGGGGUGGGAGUGGUUUUCAAUCUGAGGACAUGGCGUUCUUCGAGGAGAAUGGCGAGAUUUUUGUUGGGUUUGGACCUGAUGAUGCUCUUUGA